AACAUUCCUACCACGAAUCCAAAGGACCUGCCAAGUUCCCAGCAGCAGAGAUGGGUGAAUCAAUCAUCUACAUCAGGCAUAUCGAGUUGCUGGGAUUUGAGAAGAGGUUUUUCCCCAGCCAGCACUAUGUUUAUAUGUUUCUGGUGAAAUGGCAAGACCUGACAGAAAAAGUUGUGUAUCGGAAGUUCACGGAGAUCUAUGAGUUCCAUAAAGCUUUGAAGGAAAUGUUUCCAAUUGAAUCUGGGGAAAUCAACACAGAGAAUAGGAUAAUCCCACACCUGCAAGCCCCAAGGUGGUUUGACAGCCAACGCUCCACUGAAAACAGGCAAAAUACUCUGUCUGAGUACUUCUCUGCCUUGAUCAAUCUUCCGCGCAAGAUCUCCCGUUGUGUGCAUGUCUUAAACUUCUUCAAAGUCAGACCAGAUGAUCUGAACCCAUCUACUGCAAAUCACCCCAAGAAACCAGAAGCAUUCCUGAUGCCAAAAGAUUCAAAGAAGAUUGCAGCAGACAUCACAAGCCCAAUCAUCCUACAGACCUACCGUGUGAUUGCUGACUAUGAGAAGAACUCUAGCACUGAGAUGGCCAUGAAAGUGGGAGACCUAGUAGAUGUGGUGGAGAAGAGUGAAAGUGGGUGGUGGUUUUGUCAGCAAAAGAAUAAACGAGGUUGGGUACCAGCUGCUUACCUAGAACCAAUGGAUAGUCCAGAUGAAGCCGAAGAACAGGAGCCCAACUAUGCAGGUGAACUCCAUGUUGUCCGAAAAGGUUACACAGCUGCUCAGGAAGAUGAGAUUUCCCUGAAGGAAGGAGAAACCAUAGAAGUUAUCCAUAAACUGCUUGAUGGUUGGUGGGUAGUCAGGAAGGAAGAGAUCACAGGCUACUAUCCUUCAAUGUAUCUGCAGAAAGCAGGAGAGGAAAACAUGACUGAGAACAACCAGCUGAGGAAUAAAGCAGCACCACCACGAAGAUCUAGUAUCGGCAAUAUCAAGAGCAUCCACACGCAAAGUCGCAGGCAGAUCAGCCAGGAGACGUAUAGGCGGAACAGCGUCAAAUACAUGCAAAGCAAAAGGAAGCUGAAGAACAAAUUCAUGGGCAAAACCAACACUAUUGAGGAAAAAAAUGAGAAUGAUGAACCCAAGCCCGCAAUUCCUCCAAGACCCAGUAAAGAUUUGAUUCUCAUUCGUUGUUCUGAGAGCACAAAAAGAAAAAUCCAGUGAGGAACAAACUGAGGAAUUUAUUUCUCCGCCUCAAGUUAUUCACAUAGGAGCUGUUUUUUUGGAAGAGUUCAUGCAAACAACGUCUAGUGUUCCCGUUGCAGCUCUUGUGUUCAGAGAAUAUGAUAUUUUUUUCUGCUUGCUUGACCAACCUUACAAAGGAAGAGAGGUGUUUAGAACAUAGAAUAAUAGCAUGUAGCUAUUACAAUUAUACAAUAAUUAUAUAAUAAUUGCACAUAGAAUUUAGCACUGAUGACUUCUUACAAAUCCAUUUUUUUCAGUCUCUUAUUGUAUAAGCCAUUGAAUCAAGGUGGUAAAACUAUGCUGAAUUGAGUUAGUGUUAAAUCAAUUAAGUUCCCUUUCCCCUGGAUUUGUACAUUUUGUCAACCAAGCCUGCUUAAAGACUAGAGAGUAUUUAUAAUUCAGUUUUCUUGGUUUCCCUGAGCGUGGGUUGUUUUCCUGCAGAUGUUUCGUUACCAGCCUUGGUAAUAUCAUCAGUGUAGAGAAUGGAAUGGAAUUUGUUGGUGGUUUAUAUAAUAGUGGCUUGGUUUGUAUAAUAAUGGCCUGCCCUGCCAGUUGUGACUGGAGUGUGAUUUCUUCCUUGGGUAAUCAACAAGUUUCACUCUUACAUAUCACCAAAAAUACCAUGAAUAUAAUGAGUCUUUUUAGCUAGUUUAUGGCUCAAAUGUAUUGUCUGAAUCCAGAAAACAGGCUAAUUCAGGUUAAGUGUGUUGUAAGACUUGCAUUCAUGCAUCAUUCUUAGCCAGUUAAAGUCCUGGUAAUAAUAUUUUUCCCUACAUUGAAAGUUUGCUUAGUUUUCACUUCCAUUUGGUGUUUUGUUUGAGGGAUGCUAUUUUUCUGCGGCUUAGCUCCUUUGGUUAGUUUGUGUUCAAUAUAUGUUAAUGAAAAAUGGUAGGUUUUGGUUUUAUAAUUAGUGUAUUAUAUAUUUCACUGAGAGUGUAAAUACAUAAUAGUAUAUAUUGUUUUAUCCUUUUUGCAUGUGUUUAACUGCUGCUUAGUUCUCAUUUGCUGAUUUUUUUAUUGUAAUUACAGAAUUACAAUUGUUUUUCUUUCUGCAAAUCCAGAAAAAGGGUGUCUAUGAACCAAGCCACAGAGUGAGCGAGUGAGCACGUAUGCCCGUAGAUGUUCUGAAUCUUGAUCAGUGGGGUAGCUGGCACCGUCGGGCACACACAUGCAUUGAGCUUAUGAUUAUUGAUUAUGAUGCACACGUCUAUCAACUUAGUGUAUUUAUUUUUCAUGUGCCAAAGUUUGUUAUCCACGCAUAAGAUAGGCUACUUUCUAAAAUACGUUUUGGGUAUAUGGGAUCUUGAUUUACAUCCAUUGUAUUGUACUUGUAACAAUUAUGUUGUUAAUUAAUAAACAAGCUGAGGUAAAAAAGAGGGCUUUUAAUCUUUUCAGCAAGUCAUUUCCAAUUAAACAGCAGUGGUUGUGACAUAAAGGAAACCCUUUUGUUGUACUUUAGACCUGCAGAUUGCUCAAAAAAGCCUCUUGCGUAAGAUUCUGGGCAGAAAGGAAUUUGCAAACAUUUAAGAAGAAGGCUGUUUUUGAGGAAAGUUGACCAAUUUUGAACUGCAAGUUGCGUAGGAGCUCAAAACCACAUGCCCUAUCCGGUUUACCAUUUCAGCUUCCAGCCAGUCCGAUGUAUGUCUAUCCAGAAAUUAAUAAAAAACUUGGUUUCCUGGAAAGGUCUUGGGACCGACUGUGAAACCCACAGCUUACUUUAUAAAUGUUUUUGUGUGUGCAUUUUUUUAUUAUUCCAUAUACCUUGUUAAUAACUUUUGUUAUAAAAUUUUUAAUCAUAUUUUCCUUAUUGCUAUUUUAAUCUCACUGGACAUAGAGAUGGACAGCAUACAUAA